AUGCCCGCCCAUCCCAAGAGGCUUUCAGCCUCCGGUGCAUCAUCCCCCUACGCGAUCGACGGCCCCGACAUCAUCGACAUCGAGAAGCAACCCUCACGGCCCAGGCGCCUCUACCGCCGUGACGAUGACUCCGUCAGCUCGUCCUCCGCCUCCUCCUAUCGUCCGAUGCUGAAGACGCCCCCGCGCCCCCGCCGCAGAGCGCCUCCCCGCAGCUUCGGCUAUCGCGUUCCCCACCGGAUAAUGAAAUGGCUCUGCCUGGCGCUGCUGUCGUUUCUGAUACUCUUCAUCUGCUCGCUCUUCCGCUUUACCUUCCUCUCGAGCGUGACCAACGUCAAUGCUCCGUUGCCCAAACCCCCCGCCAAGCCCGCCGCAUGGGAGAGCUUCCCCUUCCUGAAACGGUACCACGGUGGGAUUCGAUCUUUGGUCUCGCGCAGCGAACUAGUGCCGGAGUACCCCAAUGACAGCCUGGAGAUUCUGGGCAUCGAGGACACGAAUGGGACCGGCGUCCAAGCCCGGGAUCUGCCGUUCUCAAGCGCGGUGUUCAACCCAUACCCAGACUACGCUUCCCCGGAAUACGUCGCGAAGUAUGGCGCGAAGCACGACUGUUUCCUGGAUGAAGACGAGACCAUGCGGAUCCCCUUGGUUCACCACUACCCUGGUGUCCCGCGUGGCUUCCCUGACGCAGCCCUGGGAUCCAGCGAGAUGCUUGGGAUUCAAAACGACGUCUGCUUUGACCGGUUUGGGCGUCUCGGGCCGUACGGUCUUGGCUACAGUGUGCGAAAGGGCGGUAUAGGGGCGGGUCUGGAAGGCGACCGCGAGGGUGCGGAGCGCGUCUGGGACGACUUUCCCCCGGUCGACUUCCGCCGGGUCGACUGGGCUGCUGCGCAGAAUCGCUGCGUAGCUACAAACAGCCAUCGCUUCAAGGAACUGCCCGCACCGCGGCUGAACCGCUUCCUCUCCAUGCCGGUUGGCGCUCCGAAGAUGGAGGACACGAACGCCGAAGGCAAGCCAGACCAAAAUGAAGAGAAAGAGCACUUGCCCCGGACAGCGUUUGUCAUUCGUACGUGGCAUGAUCUCAACUACAGCCCUGACGACAUUCUAUACCUGCGCUCCCUGAUCACGGAGCUCUCUUUGCUCACGGGCGGGGAAUACAUCAUCCACUUCCUGGUCCAGGUCCGGGACGAGAACCUCCAGAUCUGGGCGGACGACGAAACAUACGAGCGCGUCCUCACCGAGGCUUUGCCCGCAGAGUUCCGCGGCAUGGCCACGCUGUGGUCUGAGCGGCAGAUGAACCUGGUGUACCCCGGCCUGGAGGAGACCUGGGCGCGCGGGCUCUCCGUGCACGGAGUCUACCGCAGCACCUACAUGCCGAUGCAGUACUUUGCACACCAACACCCGGAAUACGACUACUACUGGAACUGGGAGAUGGAUGCGCGGUACACGGGCCACUGGUACGACCUCUUCGACAAGGUGAUCAACUGGGCGCGGGAGCAACCGCGCAAGGGUCUCUGGGAACGGAAUGCCCGUUUCUACAUCCCGUCCGUGCACGGGACGUGGGAGGAUUUCCGCCAGAUGGUGCGCGUGCAGACGGACAUCGGCACCAACAGCCCGAACAACAUGUGGAGCGCGCCCAGGCCCGGGCAGGACCGGUCCCCCGGCGAGAAGAACGUCCAGCAAGGCGACAAGCCGGUCUGGGGUCCAGAGCGGCCUAAUGAGCCAGACGUCCUGGAGGUGGAAGGCGAAGGCAUCCCGCCGACGACGGUGGACAAGGACCGGUACGAAUGGGGCGUGGGCGAGGAAGCCGACCUGAUCGUGUUCAACCCGCUGUUCGACCCCGAAGGCACGACCUGGCCUCUGCGCGACGACGUCACCGGAUACGAGCGAGCGAAUGGCCUGCCCCCGCGCCGGACGGCCAUCAUCACCGCAUCGCGGAUGUCGCACAAGCUGCUGCGCACGAUGCACCAGGAGACAAGUCUCCGGCGGCACACGAUGUUCUCGGAGAUGUGGGCGGCGUCGACGGCGCUGCAGCAUGGGUUCAAGGCCGUGUCGGUGCCCCAUUCGGUGUACGUCGACCGGCGGUGGCCGACGCAGUACCUCGAGACGGUGUUCAACGCCGGGCGGAACGGGGCGUCUGGCGGCGCGCGCACGUCCGUGUUCGGGGAUCGCGAGCACAACUUCCGCGGCUCGACAUGGUUCUACUCGGCCGGGUUUGCGCCCAACCUGUGGAAGCGGUGGCUGGGCUACAAGGUCGAUAACGAUGGAGGGGAGCAGGCCGAGCUUGCCGGCGAGGGGCGGAUGUGUUUGCCCCCGAUGCUGCUGCACCCGAUCAAGGAUGUGGAGAUGAUUAUUGACGACGGGGAGAGGGGGAGGAUUCCUUCUGACGAUGGGAGGAAGUAG